ACCACUGAGUGUGACUGUAAUGUAACGCGGACACUCUGAAAUUUCGCGGAAUCCAAAGGGAUGUAUCCAAGAAAUGCUAGCCUUGCACUUGCAAGCCAAAUUCCGACCCGCGGCAGCAACGUCCGUCAACACUCUUCUCUCUGUCCCUCUCCUUCACCGCCAUCUCUCCAAAGCCCUCUAUUCUCCUCCUCCUCCCAACCGUUCAUCAUCAUCGUCGUCUUCCUCCUCGGAAUGGUUUCCUUUCAUCCGCACCGCCAUUUCCACAAACAACUUACUCCUCGGCAAUUGCGUCCACGCGCUCGUCGUAACCUGUGGCCACCGUGCGGACCGCUUCGUCACCAACAAUCUCAUCACCAUGUACUCCAAAUGCGGUUCUCUCUCCUCCGCACGCCUCCUGUUCGAUAAUGCUCCUCAACGAGACCUCGUUACUUGGAAUUCUAUUCUCGCCGCCUACGCGCACGCUGCUAAUUCUGAUGACGACCAUGGCAUCCAAGAGGGUUUCUGCCUUUUCCGUCAAUUUCGAUGGUCUGCUGCUUUGGCCAGUAAACUCACAUUAGCUCCUGUUUUGAAGUUGUGUUUGAUGUCUGGAUAUGAAUGGGCCUCGGAAACAGUUCAUGGGUAUGCCAUUAAAAUUAGUUUGGAAUGGGAUGCAUUUGUUUCAGGUGCUCUUGUUAAUAUUUAUUCGAAAUUCGGAAGAGUAAGGGAUGCCCGGGUUUUGUUUAAUGGCAUGCCUGAAACUGAAAAGGAUAUUGUGUUAUGGAAUGUGAUGCUCAAGACAUACGGUCAAAUGGGUCUCAAGAAAGAGGCUUUUCUUCUCUUCUCCGAGCUUCAUCGGAGUGAAUUGCGUCCGGAUGAUGUCAGUGUUCGUUGUGUUCUCGGCGGGCUUUCUGAGGUCGAAUUUGAUGAAGGCAAUAAGUAUGCGCAGCAAGUUCAAGCAUAUGCAACGAAAUUAUUUUUGCAGGACGAUACUUCAGAUAUAAUCUCGUGGAAUAAAUACUUGCCUCAGUAUCAGCAAGCUGGUGAAAAUUUAUCCACCGUUGAAUGCUUUAGGAAUAUGCACAGAUCAAAUGUAGGUUUUGAUAGUGAGACAUUUGUUGUUGCUCUUGCUGCGGUAAUAGGGAUAAAUGAUUCGGGGUUGGGACAACAAAUUCAUGGCAUGGCUGUGAAGUUGGGUUUUGAUUUGGAUGUCACUGUUGCAAACAAUCUCAUUAACAUGUAUUCAAAGACAGGGUACUUAGGUUUUGCUCAAAAGGUUUUCACCACCAUGAAGGAACUGAAUUUAGUUUCGUGGAAUUCAAUGAUAUCAAGUUGUGUGCAGAGUGGUUUAGAGGAGGAAUCGGUGACUCUUUUUAGGGAAAUGUUAAACGAUGGCUUAAAACCAGAUCAUUUUACAUUGGCGAGUGUUCUGAGGGCUUGCUCUUCACUUACUGCAGGAUUGUGUCUGAGUGAACAAGUUCAUGUUCUUGCACUAAAAACUGCAAUCAUCAGUGAUGCUUUCGUAUCAACAGCACUAAUUGAUGUUUAUUCUAGGAACAGAAGAAUGGAAGGUGCAGAAUUACUCUUUCAAAAUAAAGAUGAAUUUGAUUCGGCAACUUGGAACGCCAUGAUGCAUGGGUAUAUAAUUUGCAACAAUGGGCACAAAGCCUUAAAACUCUUUGCUAUGAUGCACAAAAGUGGAGAAAGGUCAGAUGAGAUCACACUUGCAACUGUGGCUAAAGCCUGUGGUUGUUUGGUAUGGCUGGAACAAGGAAGGCAAAUUCAUGAUUAUAUAAUUAAAGUGGGGGUUGACUCAGAUUUAUGCGUUAGUGGUGGUAUUCUCGAUAUGUAUAUUAAAUGUGGAGACAUGGUGGAUGCAUACAGAGUCUUCCAAGGGAUUCCUGCACCCGAUGAUAUUGCAUGGACAACUAUAAUCUCCGGGUGUGUGGAAAAUGGAGAUGAGGACCGUGCUUUUUCAAUGUACCAUCAGAUGAGGCAAUCUGGUGUAGCACCUGAUGAGUAUACCUUCGCUACCCUCAUCAAAGCGAGCUCAUACUUGACUGCACUGGAACCAGGAAGACAAAUUCAUGCAAACUUGAUCAAGUCAGAUUGUGCUUCAGACCCUUUCGUUGGGACCUCGCUUAUAGACAUGUACGCCAAGUGUGGGAACAUAGAAGAUUCAUAUUGCUUAUUUAAAAGUAUAGAUGUUCGAAAUAUUGCCCUGUGGAAUGCUAUGUUGGUCGGUUUAGCUCAGCAUGGACAUGGUAGAGAAGCUCUCAAUGUUUUUAAAGAUAUGAAACAUCAUGGAAUUAAACCUGAUCGAGUCACCUUUAUAGGAGUUCUUUCGGCCUGUAGCCAUUCUGGCUUGACUUCCCAAGCUUACAUGUAUUUCCGUUCUAUGUACAAAGACUAUGGAAUUCAGCCUGAGAUCGAGCAUUAUUCUUGCCUCGUUGAUGCCCUUGGCCGUGCAGGACUUGUUCAAGAGGCAGAAAAUCUUAUUGCAUCAAUGCCCUUUGAAGCUUCUGCUUCCAUGUACAGAGCCCUGCUUGGUGCUUGUUGGGUUCAAGGGGACACAGAAAUUGGAAAACGGGUAGCAACUCAACUCUUGGCUUUGGAGCCAUUAGACUCAGCAGCUUACGUUCUUUUAUCUAAUAUCUAUGCUGCUUCAAAUCAAUGGAAUGAGGUAACUGAUGUUAGAAAAAUGAUGAAGACGAAAAAUGUGAAAAAGGAUCCGGGGUUUAGUUGGAUUGAUGUGUAAAAUAAAAUGCAUUUGUUUGUGGUGGAUGACAUCCACAAGCUGAUAAGAUAUAUGAUAAGGUAGAAGAUUUAAUUAGACUGAUCAAAGAAGAAGGAUAUGUCCCUGAUGCUGAAUAUGUGCUACUUGAUGUAGAGGAAGAAGAAAAAGAGAGCUCUCUCUAUUACCACAGUGAGAAGCUUGCAAUAGCUUUUGGACUGAUAAGCACUCCUCCAUUCGCAACAAUCCGGGUGAUAAAAAACCUUCGAGUUUGUGGGGAUUGCCAUAAUGCAUUCACAUAUAUAUCUAAGGUGUCUAAACGGGAAAUUGUGUUCAGAGAUGCCAAUCGUUUCCAUCACUUUAGGGACGGAAUCUGCUCAUGUGGCAAUUACUGGUGCAUUGAGCCAAGAGAAAUGAAGCAAAAAGAUCCUAGAGCAAAGAAGCAAGCAAGCCAAGUUAAGCUAAGCAAAAGCAUAAAAAGCUAAAAAUAAAAAAAAAAAUUGCGAAGCAAAGCAAGAUGCAGCGUAGAAGAAAGACUCUUGCCAAGAAAAGAGUUCACAGAGCUCCACAGCCUCAAUCUCCAGUUGCAAAGCCUUCUUCCCCUUCAUCUUCUUCAUCUUCUGCGUCAGUCCAAUUUGAGCCAUCUGCCAUGGACGCUGAGCAUGCUAUUAUCCGCGAGGUUCCCGCUGAGUCUUACGCUAGACCCGAGAGACCAAGUACAGAUUUGAUACAGAGUUAUUCGCUACCUUGGACCAGACUAGGUGGUCCUAUAAUGAGCUUGUGCGGCGGGGCAGUGCUGCCAUUAUGACUCCAGCAGACACAAUCGUCUAUCCUCGGUUGGUUGGUCUAUUCUACCAGUACCUCCAGAUGGAUAAGGAUGGUAAACUUCUUUUGCACACUACCAUUAACGGCCAGGAGAUUGAUAUUUCUAUUCCGGCCAUAACUGCUGCCAGUCGCUGCCCUCACACUUCUCCAUUAACUGAUGAUUCUCAGGAGCCUCUGUACCCUACACAUCCACUAUUUCCCAUUGAGCUGACCAUGGUAGCUACAUUAUCUCCACAUGCUGCAUUUAAGGGGCAUACCUUUGCAGACCGGGUCAAGGUUGAUCCCUGGUAUUGGUUCUUUAAUGCAGUGCUGCACAUUCCUGACAGGCCAUGGCACUCAGCGGCGAGAGGGGAUCUUUCAGGCCCUAUAUUGUCUAGAUCAGGGGUACUGGAUUUCUAUUCCUGCACUUAUAUGGGAGCUCAUGCAUAAGUUCUGGAAGAACUUGCAUCACACGCACAGUAUUAGAGCAGAGACCUAGCCUUUACCUUUUGGCCAUUUGAUUACUCAGCUGCUUCUAGACUAGGGGUAUCAGUUUGACCCAGAGGAGAUUCCAGAGCCUGAUGCAGAGCGAGCGAAGAGAGCUUAUGAUCUGACCUGGUGGAAUAAGACUUUCAAUUCAUGUCGUAAGAACAGGGCAAACGGGGAUAUGAAGAGAUUACAGGCAGAGCAGCAGAGAGCAACAACACAGGCAGCCGCAGCAGGCGAUGCUCCAGAGGAUGAUACAGCGGAUAGAUAUCCCCCCAUGCAGAGACGUCGUAUUACCACUUCAGGUUCUACCUCUUAGCCAGAUAUACCUAUACAUCUCAGCAGACUGGCCCUUCAUAUGCCCUCCUACCAGCAUAUUUAUUGUCCAGUUAUUGUUUUCUUUACACAUAGGAGCCGUGUAUACUAUUUAAUACAUUGGAGUUAAAUAGAGCCAUCAUAAGAAAAUGGAGUCUACUUGGGAAAAGGAGGAUGUCAUUCACUCAUCGUUUCCAGAAAUAAUGGAAGACGGUGAGGGCGAAUUCCGAGGACGAAGUUCCUUUUGUUAGGGGAAAAGAAUGUAAUACCCUUAAUUUUAAAAGGAUAGUCUCGGUAUUUAUUUAAUUGAUUUAAUUGCUUUUUUAUUAAAUUA